AUGGAUACCCGCAAUGCAAUCCUUUUGCUGUGUAAUGUAAUCCUGGGCGGAUAUCCAACAGAUGCUGUGGUCCGGGUCCGGGAGCUAACCGUCGGGAAUCCUGUGAACGGAACAUCCUUGCUUGGAUACAAGGUCCAGUUCUUGCGCACAGACUCGGAGCGUGUACGGGUCAGUGUGCCGGAGGUCCCGGAAUCCCCGGCCGCCUACGUGCUGAUGUCCGACCGAGGCUACACAGCUUCGGUGGCUAGCCAGGCGGACAGUGUCUACCAGGUUAUCAACAACGUGUUAACUCCGCCACGGACCGUCAUGCUGUCCUGGCUCACCCCGCACGUGGGCGCUGACGUGGCAGAGCAAGUCGUGGCGGCGCUGUCAAAGCCAGCAUUGGAGGCCGCCAUCGUGGAUAUCGGCAGAGAUAAGAAGAAGUAA